AUGCCCCGAACGAUAAUGGACCUUCCUCUUGAACUUCUCCAGGAUGCUCUCAAGAGCAUAUUUCAUUUCCCUCCAGACAUUGAUGGAACCCUCCUCAACUGCAUGUCGACCUGUUCACUAUGGCGGCAUAUUGGCGAAUCCACUUUAUACUCCAAUGUGACACUGACCGGUCCUCAGCUUGUCAAAUUCUGCGAGUCGCCAAACGAUGCUGCAAAAUGGACGAAGUCUCUGAUCGUUCAUAUUCAGCCGGCCUAUUACAAGCAUGAGGUUGUCCUUAGCGACAACAAGAUGCAAGAGCUCAGGAGUACUAUGCGGCGGUUGUCUAUGAUGCUUCGCUUCAUGUCGAACUUGCAAACAUUCUCGUUCCGUGUGUCUCACAAAGAACAUGUCCCCCAAGCAAUUGGAUUAGUCCUCCGUCGUGGCGGACUCAAACGUAUCCUGAGCUCCCUCCCGAGAUCAAUUUGA